CAGCUCGUGAGGACGCUCGCUGCCUCAUUGGCACAUGUCCCGGCGGGGUGGAGCGAAGCGGGGCCGCCUCUUGUUUUGCGGUCUUGUUGUUGUCAGCCUCACAACAGUCCAGCUGCAGCGAGCGUCGGUAGAGGAGCGCCCGACAAGAACCGGCGAACGAAUCGGUGGCUUUCAUUGGACGUUAUCUGUUCAUUCACAGCCGCAGUCAGAAUCUGAGAGACUGUGAGCAGUUUCAGGGAGUGUUUGUGUCCUCUGAUUCCGGAGAGAGUUGAAUCACUACAGCAGGGUUUUCAGGCUGGUGAAGGUCUGUGAUCAUCGUCGUCCUUCCCAGCGCUGACACCGUCCACGCUGCCCUGAAGGAGUGUUUUUGUGGAGCUUCUUAGUUGCCGAAUGGAUGUGAGUGCGUGUGGAGAAUACUAAUGACCGGCGCGCUGCGUCCUUCCGAGGUGCACCGUGUCCCCCGCUGCUGCUGAGGGCCACAGCAGAGCAGAGCACUCAUCCAGAGCGCAUGGGCCUGCGCACCACCUCAGUCUCGACCUGAGGAAUCCUACACCCUCAACACAGGAUUUAAUGAGCGGGAUCUGAGCACCACAGCUCUUGUUUUUUUCUAUUUACAGCACCGGGGUGGAUAUAAAAUCCCCCCAGCAGAAAAAAACGCCAAAAUGGGCAACAGCUUCUCCAACAUCUCUGCCUUCCAGUCUCUCCACAUCGUCAUGCUGGGGCUGGACUCUGCUGGAAAGACCACAGUUCUUUACAGACUCAAAUUUAAUGAAUUUGUCAACACGGUUCCUACGAUCGGCUUCAACACCGAGAAGAUCAAGCUGAGCAACGGCACGGCGAAGGGCAUCAGCUGUCAUUUCUGGGACGUUGGGGGCCAGGAGAAGCUUAGGCCCCUGUGGAAGUCGUACAGCCGGUGCACUGAUGGGAUCAUUUACGUGGUGGACUCUGUGGACGUUGACCGGCUGGAGGAGGCCAAGACUGAGCUUCACAAAGUCACCAAGUUCGCAGAGAACCAGGGCACGCCGCUGCUGGUCAUCGCCAACAAGCAGGACCUGCCCAAGUCUCUCCCAGUGGCGGACAUUGAGAAGCAGCUGGCUCUGCAUGAGCUCACCCCCUCCACUACCUACCACAUUCAGCCUGCCUGCGCUAUAAUAGGAGAGGGGCUCCACGAGGGCAUGGACAAACUGUAUGAAAUGAUACUGAAGAGGAGGAAAUCCCUGAAGCAGAAGAAGAAGCGGUAACAGCUGCUGACUCCGUGGACUUCCUGGAAGGACUCUGCCAGUGUUUCCCCAAACAGGUUUACUUUCCAGUGAUUUUUUAAGGUAUUCUCUGUCUGGAUUACAGCUGUUCUACGCUGUGAAGCCCCGCUGGAUGAUGCUUUUGCACACAGGAGGCUGCCUCAGCGGCUGCAGGAUAUGAUAUGAGGUUAACCAAAAAGACAAAUAAAGAAACUUGAAAUGACUCUUUAGGUCUCCAGCGUGGAGGAGUAGGAACGGGCUGGCCCGUUUAUUUGCUGCUUUAUGGUGGAUUUUGAACACAGUUUGACUGAAGAAACUCUCAGUAGGUCACUGAAGUUUGAAUUUUGCACGUGGCUCGGGUCACUUGUGCCCCAUGCUCCUUUUAUUUUAGACAACUGUAGUAUGAGUCUGUGAUUAUGGAUGUCACGCAGACUGUUUUCUGGAGCAUCGAAGUAGCCUUUCCUCCACACGGUGGACUGAGGUGUCCACUACUUUGCACUUUUCAUUUCCUAACAGUAAAGAAUACACUGUAUUAACAAAGGAGCAGAUCCAGGUGGUUUAUGUACCAAGAAGCCAAAAUUGAAGUAUUUUUUGAAUAUUAAAAGAUUUAAAAUCCA